AUACCAAAUGCCCGGAAUUUAAGGUGUUAAUCUAAGUACUUCAGAUUAGGGUGCAGAGGUCCCUUGGCUCAUCUGAUAAUAAUUGUUUAUGUUGAUCUUAUUGUUCAUUUUGAGGUAAGGCAACGCUCUCUGAUAAACGAGAGCAUGCUCAUAGAACUAAACAGAGUGGGGCAAUGGGCUGAAGAAAUAUGAGGCCUGGACAGUGACCUAUGCCAACAUUAAUAUCACAAGUCGCACAAGAAAAUGUCAUACCCACUUUAUUUGUUAUCUUGUUGUCAUGGCGACAGUGAUGGUCAUUUAAUCAACUCAACAUUAUCACGUGAUCACCUCAUUUUUACUGAUGACAUCACUAAUGUGUUUUGCAUUAUAUCGUCAACUUUGAGUUUAUUGGGAGUUUUUUAUCUACUACUGCCUCGAGGCAACCUUGACCUAACCACACCUUUGACCCACACAAGAAUAUUGACAGGACCGUCUCUCAAGUCAACAGUUUUGUCACUGUUUGCUGCAGAUUGUUUGGCUGCAGCAGGAAUCCUGAUCCGGUCGUGUGUGUGGCUGGCUGGGUACCCGGUACCUGCUUCCUACUCAAAAGGAACUCUGGAAGAAAACUCCUAUGUUUUCUGUAUUGCAAUCAAUGUUUGGAUCCAGUACUUCUAUGUCUGCACCUACUUUUGGAAUCUCAACUUUGCACUGGAGCUCUUCACAUCACUUAAACACUGGCCAAAGACAGCCUGGACAAGGAACCUGCUGGGCUGGGUGCUUCCUGGGGUCGUGUGUAUAAUAGGAGCGGUAGUGGCCUUCUACCCUUCACUAGACAGAUGCUACGGGACACGGAACCUGGAAUGGACAAUACUCUUCCUCUCCGUCUUUCUUCCGGUUUCGCUGGUCGUCAUCAUCAACCCCAUAAUAUUCCUCUAUGCCACAAGAACCAUUCGGAAAGAGCUGAUCUUCCACUCGGGGAAGUACACCCACUCAGAGCGAGGACUGGUCGAGGCCGUACAGCUCAAGCUGGUACUCAUCUUCAUCGUCUUCAUAUUUUGCUGGACACCCAACAUCAUAGCCGCCAUACUGGAGGGUAUACCUGGAGAAGAUGCCACAUUCUUUGAUGUUCUUCAGAUUCUUUGGAUUGUCAUGGCCAUCUGUAAUCCGUUCCAAGCACUUCUGAACUGUCUGGCAUACUACGGAUGGCCGGGAUGGAAGGCAUCGUGUGAGGCUGUCACAGACUUCCUCUGCCACAGCAACAAGACAACUGUUGAGGAGAGAAGCGCUCUGUUUCUCUCAACAUCAUGUGACAAGAAUUGCGAAGCUACUCCCAUUCUGACAUUCAAAGGUCGGAGAGGGAGUACCUUCUAUACAGACACAUGACUGCAGUGAAGUGGAGUGGCCUGAGGUGCAAUGAAGAAAAAGUUUACAAGUGUCAGUGAUGUCAAAACAUUGAGGAUGUUUUACAACCUCAGAGAUUGUACACAUUGUGUAUAAAUACUGCAGUAGAGCUGAUAAUAUGCUGUGCCGAGUUGCGUCCCUUGGGCACGCCAGAAAUCUGUGAUCGUGGGUUUAAAUCUGGUCCUCGAUUAUGUUUCUAGGUUUGUCAGCACCAUACCUGUGCUCGUUGGUUUCACCA